AUGGACCCAGAAGAGAUCCAGACCGAAGACAACGCUCACACUGGGUGCUACAUCUUCAAACCUGCGGGCCACGACGAUGCUGAACCAGUUGACCGGCCGAGAAAAAGACGAAAGACCACCAAGUCUCAGUCACAGUCACAAUAUAACGGCGGGGACGGGGACGGGGACGGGGACCACACAUGGCCCGCACUUCUCGGGGGGCAGGAGGCUGAGGCUGCCAUGCGACUACGGAAACAGCAGUUUCGAAGCCAAUGGGAGACACACCAGGCGAUGAUUGAUGAGGCCGUGAACGAAGUGGACGAUACAUUCGUGGACGACGUUUUACACUAUGUGAGACAAGAGCAGGCAAGUUCUCCAGGCAGGCUCAAGGCCGGAUUGCUCGUCUCUGUGCCCGGGCACAAUGCACAACGCGACCUCGUCCAGGGCUGGAAGAGCAGACGGGCAAACGAAGGCGACACCAAAGAAGUCCUCGUCGCCCUCUCUCCCACCCACGCGCCGAACAUGCAGACUGCACUGAAGAAUGUGAUCCGCAUGGCGAUUUGUCAAGACGGUGGAUGGGAGGAAUACACGGAAUUCCUGGCCCAGCAUAAAGCGAUGAUCCCGAUGAACUUCGACCUGGAACUGCUGCAAAAGUACGUGCAAAAGCAUGGGAUCCAGAGAGUCCUGGUGUCUGUCCCGGACAUCGAAACAUUUGACACGGCCAUCCUCGCCGAAUUGAUCUCCAUGUUGGGGUCCUGGUCUGCUCGAAUCCCGUUGGUCUUACUGAUUGGGAUAUCUACGACGGUCGAGCUCUUCGAAUCUCGACUGUCCAGAUCGACAGUCUCGCUCCUGGAGGCCGAGGUGUUUGAACCAUGCCAGUCGCCGAAGCAGCAUGACCCGCUGACGGCCAUCUACGAGGCGGUCCAAUACUCGGACACGACGCAGAUGUUCCUUGGCCCUGCUGUACUGGCUAUUCUGGCUGAAUUGGCAGAGGACCAAAGCACGACGACCGAGACAUUUGCGCGCACCAUGCAAUACGUAUUCAUGUCGCAUUUCUUCGCGAACCCCUUGUCUGCAUUGUCAUCCCCCUCGGAAUCCAAGAUAUCCGAUCAACCAACCGUGUGCCGGGCAAUCCGCAACACAAACGGAUUUAAGAGAUACUGCGAAGCCCUCGCCAAAGGAGAUGCAGCGCAGCGUCAGAAGGCUCGUGCUCUACUGGUUUCGGAUGAGACGCUCGAGGAGGAAGCCUUGGAGGCGAUCCGCGCGGGCCAACAGCGGCUGCGCUCCAGCCUUGCCGCCAUCAGAACGCUGAGAAGGCUCUCUCGUUAUCUGCCCAAAUCCCAUGGCCGUGGACGCCCUUCUCUCGACAUCGAGACCGAGCUGCUUGCCGCCCUACCUGAUCUCACACAGACCGAACACUUCGAAGCCGUUGAGCUGGCGAUCCAGGAAAUGGACUUCGUACGAUUCCGGGCCUUCUUCAACGAGGCCGCCUCGACUUUGGAGGACGUGAAGCUGUUCGAGGCCAGUCAGCCGCGCACGGCCACGGCCACGGCCACGGCAGAGAUACGGACGUACACUGACAUCGAAGAGGCCAUUAAUGCCGUCGACACCACCAUGGAAGACGAUAGUGCUACCGCGCUCACCGAGGCCUUUUCGGGCCUUCUGCGACGCUAUCUCCACGGCAAGACGUCUCUUCCUUCGCCGGACACGGCACCUCUGCAAGCAGUCACCAAUCCGUUCCACGACUUCAUGAGCGAGGCCUUCACAUACACACUGAAAUCGCCGCUCAAUGCCAUCGUGCACCCACGAGCCCGGUACAGUCUGGAACGAGCGCUGACCCGCCCGGCCGACUAUCUGGGCUGCGAGUGCUGCAUGUCAUCGAGCAGGACCGGCGAGGUUGCCGACCGCGCCACCCUGCCUGCGACCAGUCUGCUGCUCAGCAUGCUCAACGAGGCCGGCCACGUGGUCAAUGUGCGGGACUUGUGGGACGCGUUCCGCGACACCAUUGCCCCCGCGCUUGCAGGAUCUUCUGGGAGGAAGGUUGACAGCGUGUUGCAGGCCCGGGACGGAACCGAGGUCAGCUUGUCGCCGCGCCUGGAGCAGCGACGACCCGACAACGAACCCCGAGAAGCUGACGAAGACGAAGACGGAGACGGAGACGGAGACGGAGCUGACAUGCCCUCGGAAGCUAUGGAACGGCAGGCUCUGGCUCUGUUCUACCGCGCCCUCGCUGACCUGCGCCACCUGGGAUUCGUCAAGCCGAGCAAACGCAAGCCCGGGGUCGACUGUAUCGCGAAGACGGCGUGGAUGGGUCUAUAG